AUGGAGACUGACGUUGUUUCCAAGCCACACAGGCUCAAAUACGACGUGUUCCUUAGUUUCCGAGGAGAAGACACGCGCACAAACAUCACAAACCGUCUCUACGAGGCACUCAACAACAAGGAAAUGGUACGAGUGUUCCGUGACAACGAAGGAAUGAAACGAGGGGAAGAGAUCAAUCCAAGUCUCAAGGAAGGCAUGGCCGACUCGGCAGCCUCCGUCGUCGUCUUGUCCGCUAGAUACGCCGACUCCCACUGGUGUUUAGACGAGCUAGCUACGCUCUGCGACCUGCGAGCAUCUCUGAAACGCCCGAUGAUCCCAAUCUUCUACGAGGUCGAUCCCUCACAUGUCCGCAAACAGAGCCAUCUUAUAAAGACGCAUUUUGAAAUGCUCGAGGAAAGGUUUGAAGACGAGAAGAUACAGCGAUGGAAGAGAGCUUUGACUUUAGUCGGAAACCUCGCUGGAUUUGUUUGCAACAAGGAAUCGGCUAAUGAUGAGAUGAUAGGGCUUGUGGUGAAAAGGGUUUUAUCUGAGCUGAGCAAUACACCAGAGAGAGUUGGAGAAUACACGGUUGGUUUGGAGUCACGUGUUGAUGAUUUGGUGAAACUGUUUGACUUUGAGUCAUCCACUUCAGGUGUUCGAGUUCUUGGACUUUAUGGUAUGGGUGGUAUUGGGAAGACGACGCUUGCAAAAGCCUUUUACAACAAGAUUGUUGGAAAUUUCAAGCAACGAGUAUUUAUCUCAAACGUUAGAGAAAGCUCAUCAUCAGAUGGCUUAGUCAAUCUUCAAAAGACUUUUCUCAAGGAUCUUUUUCGUUUGGUACCUGAAAUAGAAGAUGUUGAGAGAGGGAGAGAGAAGAUAAAAGCAAAUGUUCAUGAGAAGAAGGUUCUUGUGGUUUUAGAUGAUGUUGAUAACGUAGACCAGUUUGAUGCGCUAGUUGGUGAAAGAAGCUGGUAUGGUGAUGGAAGUCUCAUAGUCAUCACUACCAGAGAUGAAGAAAUUCUGAGUAAGCUCUCAGUGAACCAAAAGUAUGAGGUCCAGUGCUUGACUGAGGAGCAAGCCUUGAAGCUGUUUAGUUAUCAUUCGCUACGGAAAGAAAAACCAACAGAGAGUCUAAUGGAGUUAUCCAAUAAGAUUGUCGAGGUGUCAGGACACUUGCCACUGGCAAUUGAAGUGUUUGGAUCUCUUUUUUACGACAAGAAGGAGAAAAAAGAAUGGCAAACUCAACUGGAGAAGCUGAAGAACACCCAAUCAAGCAAACUUCAAGAUGUUCUUGCUCUGAGUUUUGAAUCUUUAGACGACGAAGAGAAGAAAGUGUUCCUCGACAUUGCGUGUCUCUUUGUUAAAAUGGAGAUAACGAAAGAAGAAGUUGUAGACGUACUGAAAGGAUGUGGGUUUAACGCUGAGGCUGCUCUCAGUGUGCUCAUACAGAAGUCUCUUGUCAAGAUCUUGGAAGACGAUAAGCUUUGGAUGCAUGAUCAGAUUAGAGACAUGGGUAGGCAGAUGGUCCUUAAAGAAAGCCCUGAGGAUCCUGGAAUGCGAAGUAGACUCAGUGAUCGUGGUGAAAUUAUGACCGUGUUGAACAAUAUGAAGGGAACAACGUCCAUCCGAGGAAUCGUGUGUGACUUCAAAAAGAAGUUGAAGAGGGACCCAACUGCAGAUGAAAUUGCAUCUAUGAAUCUACACAACAGUCCGAGCAUCUACUCUGCGUUUAACUACGUGAAGAACAAAUUUGCAAGAUUUCCAGCAGAGGAAAAGACAAAAACUUCUGAAAUCUCCAUUCCCAUAAAGCCUUUUGUAGCAAUGAAAAACUUGAGGCUUCUACAGAUUAAUAACGUGGAACUGGAAGGAGAUAUUAAACUUCUUCCAUCUGAGCUCAGAUGGAUACAGUGGAAAGGUUGCCCAUUGGAAACUCUUCCUCCGGAGUUUCUUGCUAGGCAAGUUUCUGUUCUUGAUCUUUCAGAGAGUGGAAUAAGACGAGUCCAGAGUUUGCGCAACAACAAUAGGGUGGAUGAGAAUUUGAAGGUUGUAAACUUGCGUGGUUGCUACAGCUUAGAAGCCAUUCCUGAUUUAUCAAACCAUAAAGCGCUAGAGAAGCUUAUCCUCCAGAGAUGCGUGCUUCUGGUGAAGGUUCCAAGCUCAGUUGGCAAUCUGAGAACAUUGCUUCACUUGGAUUUCAGAGACUGUUCAAAUCUUGCUGAGUUUCUUGUGGAUGUUUCCGGAAUUCAGCGUCUUGAAAAGCUUUUCCUCUCAGGCUGCUCAGUACUGAGUGUGUUACCAGAAAACAUUGGUGCCAUGGCAUGCUUGAAAGAGCUUCUUCUUGAUGGAACGGCGAUAAAGAACUUGCCACAAUCUGUUUUCCGCCUCCAGAAACUCAAAAGGCUUAGUUUAAGAGGUUGCAGAUAUUUUCAAGAGCUACCUUUGUGCAUAGGAAUGUUGAUAUCACUGGAGAAGCUAUAUCUUGAUGAAACUGCAUUGCAAGAUCUUCCGGACUCCAUUGGAGAUCUUAAAAAUCUCCAGAAGCUUCAUUUGAUGCGAUGCACAUCCCUUUCAAAGAUUCCUGACUCCAUCAAUAACCUCACAUCACUGAAGAAACUGUUCAUCAACGGAAGCGGUGUCAAGGAGCUAGCUCUGAAACCAGGCUCUCUGCAAUGUUUGACUGAUUUUUCAGCAGGAGGAUGCAAACUUCUUGAACAGUUUCCUUGUCCAGUUGGUGGAUUAAAUGCUCUUCUCCAUUUACAGUUGGAUAGGACUCCAAUCAAAACUCUACCGAAAGAGAUUGGUGGCUUGCACUUUAUCCGCAAACUUGAGUUGAGGAACUGUGAAUCUCUCAAGACCCUGCCUGGAUCAAUCGGAGAUAUGGACACACUCCGUAGCUUACACCUUGAUGGCUCUAACAUUGAGGAACUGCCGGAAGAGUUUGGAAAGCUUGAAAACCUAGGCUUACUCGGAAUGAACAAAUGUAAAGAGCUCAAGAAGCUUCCUGAAUCAUUUGGAGACUUGAAAUCUCUUCAUUAUUUGUACAUGGAGGAAACUUUGGUUGCAGAGCUGCCAGAAAGUUUCGGAAACCUCUCAAAUUUAAGGGUGCUGAAAAUGAUGAAGAGGCCUCUUUUUAGAAGAGAGAGUGAUGCUAUAGGUACAAGCAAAGAACCUCGUUUUGUAGUGCCAAACUCUUUCUCAAACCUCUUGUUGCUUGAGGAACUGGAUGCUCGUAGCUGGGGUAUAUCUGGUAAAGUCCCAGAUAGUCUUGAGAAGCUCUCGUCUCUGAAGAUACUAAAACUGGGGAAUAAUUAUUUUCACUGUCUUCCGUCUAGCCUCAAGGGGUUAACCAAACUUAAAGAGCUUUCAUUGUAUGACUGCCAAGAGCUCACGUCUCUUCCCCCUCUUCCAUGUAAACUAGAGCAGUUAAGCCUGGCAAACUGCUAUUCACUGGAGAGUAUAUCAGAUCUUUCAAACCUGGAGAUCUUGCAUGAGCUCAAUCUCACAAACUGUGACAAGGUGGAUGAUAUUAAAGGGCUUGAGCACUUGAAGGCUCUGAAACGAUUAUACAUGAGCGGCUGUAACUUAGACUUCUCCGUCGCAGUGAAGAAAAGACUUUCCAAGGCUUCUUUGAAAAUGAUGCGGAAUCUGAGCUUACCUGGGAACAGAGUCCCGGACUGGUUCUCACAAGGCCCUGUCACAUUCUCAGAGCAACCCAACAGAGAGCUCAGAGGCGUAAUCCUUGCUGUUGUUGUGGCUCUUAAACAUGAUGACCAGAAGCUGCCUACUGUGGUUGGGAUUAAAGCCAAAAUCUCCAAACUUGAUUUUGUUGUCCUCAACCACACAUUGAACCUCUCUGGAGUGCCAAGAACAAGUAACGAUCAGCUUCACAUCUGCAGAUACUCGCAUCAUCACCCAAUGGUUAUGAUGUUGAAAGAUGGGUACACUGUACAGGUGGUCAAACAAGAACCGGGAAUGCAUAUCAAACAAGACGCUGAGCUAAAGAUGCAUGGGAUUCAUCUGGUUUACGAAGGGGAUGAUGAUGUACAAGGCAAUGAAGAUAAACUAAACGAGACACAUCAAACAGUUUCUCAGAGACUUGCCAAUUUCUUCCGCUCUUUCGAACAAGGUGAAGCCAGCUCAGUAGGUGACUCUACUGUUACAUGA